CGAGGAGCAGUGGGUUUUGUCAUCCAGACCUAAAGAGAGAGGAGAGAGAGAGAGAGCGCCCCCUGUCGUCCACCAGCGGCUCCGCCAAUGAACACGGCUCUUUCUUCUUCCCUUUCUUCUGUUCGCUGUCAAGGCCCAGAGGAGGGCACUGCCAAAAGUAACCAGACACGGUUUGCAAUGGUCAUGCAAAAUGCCCACUCGUGUGCUGCUGAAUUUCCAAGUAGAGAUGAGGAUAUUUGAAGAGCAAGAGCUGUAAAAUGUGCUGUGUCGUUUUAGGCAGAUUCAGGCAGGAAACUGGCUAGUCAACAGCAGCCCAGGAGCAAUGUGAACAAAUGUGCUGUUCAGUGCAGAAUUGGAGCAAGAAAAGUGAGGAAUCCACAUGCUGUUCAUUUCAGGUGUAACGCUAUGGAGUCUCCCAUAUCACCAUUGGCCGAGAGUAGGAGGUUGGGAAACCGACCAUUGCCACCCUAGAAAUAGCCACUCUAAAGUGUAUUUAAAAUACCAUUGUUCCAAAGGUAAACACAACAGAAGAACAAGGAAGCAGCUCUAUACAUAUGCUAACUGCUAAUAUGUUAACUUGAGAAUAGAUGGAAAAGUGAUAGCUGCAAAGGAGACCUAACUGGAAAAGAAUUGUACAGGAUAAGUGACUUCGAGAUACUGCAGUGUUUUUAGUGGAGGAGUCAAAGAAGUGGCUGCAGAGGCAAAGCACAGAUGUGCCAGAGAAACAGUCCAUCCGAUCAUCGGGAGGCUGGCCAUUAUCGGUUAUGGAGAGCAAAAAGCUUGUCAGUGCAACUGAUGCUCAGCACUCGGGGACAUUGCUGAAAAGUCUUAAUGAGCAACGUGCUCAAGGGCUGUUCUGUGACAUUGCCAUAAUUGUGGAAGAUCGCAAAUUUCGAGCGCAUAAGAACGUGUUGUCAUCUGCUAGCACCUAUUUCCAUCAGCUUUUCUGUAUCGACGGCGCCAGCAAUGUGUAUGGACAAGUCCUUGAACUGAAUUUCAUCAGAGCAGAGGUGUUUGCAGAGGUUCUGAAUUUCAUCUACAGCUCAAAAUUAGUGCGCGUGGAUGCUCUGCUUGUGAGUGAGUUAAUACAGGCUGGGCAGGCCCUGGGGUUAAAGUUUCUUGCUGACUUGGGUGAAUCUCUUGCAAAGGUGAAAGGAAUGGCAUCGGGUAAAGAUAAGGCUGCUUCAGUCACAGAUUCGAAGGCCGAGGCCUCAGAAACGGUUACUGGGGACCAGGCACUGAAAUCCGAAGGCUUGAUCAUGCACUUUGAAGAUGGAGAGCGAGGGCCAAUUAUCACCAAAGCUUUCUCCUUGUCCAGCUCAGAGUUCAGCGAUUCUAAAGCAAGCAGUAAGGCUUCAUCCAACUGCGAUGAAUCUGAGGAUAACGAUGAUGUUAUUUUCUGCUCUGAAAUUUCACCCCCCAAACCGCCCUCUAGUACAGUUAUCAACAGUGCUGUGCAAAGACUUCUUGUUGCAAAAAUGCCAGUCAACAGUGAGAGCUUGGGCGUUCAAACAAAGCAAAUUACUCUGGUACCAGAGACUUCCUCUAAAGUUGGGGAUUUUAAAGUAAAGAUUUCUGACAGUGGUGCAGGGCUCGGGCAGAAUAAUGCACUUGGUCAACAAACGACAAAGACUGUAAAUUUGAAGUACGUUCAGGAAGACAAACAGCCUUUAACUGCAGAUAAAACUGUCGGCAUGGAUACUUUCUCAAAAGGCUGCAAAGUCUACGCUAACAUCGAUACAACCCCCAACACUUACCACAUUGUGGUACCAAGCAAGGACGACUCUGCCAACUGUGAGGCUAAACAGAACAGGGAGCCUAAAUCCCCUGAAAAGAAGCUGCUUCUUAUUGGAGAACGAGUGUCCGGCGAUAGAGGUCAUUCAAGUAUUCAACUCAUACCAGACGAUUCCGAGAAUCACGUCAAUAACUCGAGACCCCUGUUCAUCAAUGAACAGUGCUUUCCAGAUGCAAAGCGGCUGAAAAAGGAACAAGAUCAUUACGAGCUAGUUGUGGACGGUCGAGUCUUUUAUGUUUGUAUUGUUUGCAAGCGGUCGUACGCAUGCCUGACUAGCCUGCGAAGACAUUUCAAUGUCCAUUCCUGGGAGAAAAAGUACCCUUGCCAUUACUGUGAGAAAGUCUUCCCUCUUGCAGAAUACCGUACGAAACAUGAAAUCCUCCACACUGGCGAACGGCGAUACCAGUGCUUGACCUGUGGUGAGACCUUCAUCAAUUACCAGGUCAUGGCAUCGCACAUCAGGUCUGUCCACAGCAAAAAGACGGGCAAAGGUGCAACUGAAGAAGAGAGUGUCUCUGACUCGAAACUCUACCGCUUGCUACCGUGUAAAACUCUGCAGAUUAGGCAGUAUGGGUUCCUGACGGCAGGCAGAUCGGACUCCAUGACUGGGAUUAAUGAAGAUGGAAUUGUUUAUCAUGUGGAAGAUGAUGAUGAUGCUGGGGCUUCUCAGCAGACCCCGGGAACCAUAGCAACAAGUAAGCCAGCCAGUUGGGAUGAUAUUUUUCCUCAGGACGGAACUCCGGUUUACAGGUACAAUUCCUUAGAUGGCAAUUCUGAAUUAGAGUUUGUUAUACCAGAGUCCUUCCGAGAACUGGCAUAAAUUAAUCCGUGCUGACUGACCAACCGAAACACAAGUAAGCAAAUGGUUGUAAUCUCCGAUAAACUGCUGACAAGACAUCCAUUGGUGAUAUCAAUGUACUAAUAGAUCAGCGAAACAGUCGUGUUUCAGGCAAACAAGAGGAUUUCAGUGGCUGGACCAUUGUAUGAGUUACAAUUUUUUUUACUUUCCUAUUAAACAUAAUGACAUGAAUCCGGUGUGCAUCAUGAAUGUGAAACAAAAUCGAGUUAAGGACUUGUUGAACUAGAAAUGCAGUUGAUACAAGAGGUUCCAUCAGAAGUGGGGAGAAUGGGCUUUCGUUUCCCAUGCUCACUGUAGAUGAGGUUUGUUGUUUCAGCUUGCGCUGAGCAAACAGUCGACAGACACUCAGAACUAUAUUUUUAAACUACACAUUUCUGGUCAGAAACUGAAUUUGCGGAAAUUGUGUGUGGCAGCACUUUCAUUUGACUUCUUUACAGGGCUGGGAUACAGGCUGUUUUUUUAAUUGUUGAAUGUUUUUUGGGAAAGACCUUCUGAACUGCCCUCCCAUAAAAUAUAUAUAUUAUAUAUAUAUAUAUAGUGGAUCACUACUUGCCAGUAUCAUACAUACCUAAUCAUAAAAUAGAGCUCUUCUUCUGAAGGGAUUUCCAAGCAUGUUUUGAAAAUGAUGGCUCACAGACGAGUGAGAUUUUGAUAAGAAAGUGUUUGUGCUUAGCUUGGAAACAAUUUUCACUGAACAAAGUUUCCGAAGGGCGUGAAACUUUGUUCCAGCUCUUAUUGAUCGUGCUGGACAGGCGCUGGACUCCUGCUGCUGUAGAUAUUACAUGCACCAACAAGUGAUACUGGCUAUUAGGGGUGGGGGGAGAGGGUCAUUGGUCAGAUCCACAUUGACACGAUCAUAGUACAGCUCAGAAAGUCCACGGUCCUUUUUCUAAACCAACACGGCUGCUCUUGAUUGUCUUGCAGUGUUAAUCAUCCCUUCAUUUUUAUAGUAACAAUAUACUGUAGUAUCCAUUUGAAUUAAGAAUGUGCCUAAUUAAAAUGUUAAUACAUAUACAAUGAACAGGGGGAUGGUUGGGGAGACAAAAUUGAUCCGCCAAAUGUCAAUGGACUGGAUAACCUACAAGUCCACUGUAAAAGGUGAAUUAUUUUGAUUGUCGCCAUGUUCCUAACUUGCUUUUGUCUUGAUUAUAUGCAGUUUUGAUUAAGUCUAUUAAAUUAGAUGCUAAUGCAGCGCUUUGGGAUGAAAGCUUUUAAAUUGAGAGCCAAUGUGAAAAUUGAACUGUUCUCUACAAUGUCUGAAUUACACACAAUAUGCAUGCUAAGUAAGAUUUUUCUUGGCUAAAUUUGACUUUCAGGCAUACCCUUUUCCUGUUUUUCGGUAAAGUGCAACAGCUGUGGAUAUGCCAGUUUGUAUUUUUUUAAGAAGCAAUAUCCAGCUUUCUAGUAGCGAAGCUGCCUUUCACUGUCAUUUCAUGCAGGUUUAGAAACUUAAUUUAACAUUUUGAGUAGUGCUAAUGUCACACAAAUGCAUACUCUGGUGUUCAGAAGGAGGGGGAAUGCAAGAUGCUUGUGGCAUAGUGUCUGUCUGGUGUAUUUUAAUGAUUACUCUUUUUACUCGAGAUGCUUUCUCUACAUAAAACAAAAAUCCCAAUCAAAAAUUCAAUUCAGAAUAUCUUAUUAAUUUGAAUGUCAUAUUUAUAGUAGAAUGUUUUUAAACCAGUCUAUCACCACUCAUUUGUUCAUUGCCAUAAGAAAAAAUAUACUUCUUUCUUGAAAUUCUGUACAAUGCACCUCAUAUAAGCUUUCAUGUUAAGUACUGUAUGCUUAACAAUGUUGGAACUGUGUUUUGUAGGAAAUCUCUGUUUAGUUCCCACUCAGAAAAUAAUUCUUAGCAAAAUGAUUGUUUCCUUGUAAAUGCUUUUACUGUAUGGGUCAGGAUUGUACAUAUUAUGCUUCACUUUUAUUUUUUUUAUCAAGCCAUGGCCUCUUAAGUUUUUCAAAAUAUAGAAAAGUAAUAAAAAAUGUAAAAGAAAUAGAUCAUUAUUUUGUUUGUAAAAGUUUUGCAUGCAUAGGCUAGAACAAUAACUGCAGAAUAGAAAAUCUUUUUACACUUGAUUGAAGUAAUCUUUUUCUAAUUACCUGCAGAUUGGCAAACCAAUGUAAUGUCUUAUUGUGCAAGCAAGAUUAAUGCUUUUGUACCAGUGAAAAUAAUAAAACUACUAAUAUAUGUAAAUAUAGUUGUAAUAAAGCUUCUUCCUUAGUAUAUAGGGUAUCAUUACGUCACUUUUUAGUUCCUUUCAUUUUGAGCCUUAGAAUGUAAGUUUAUUUAUUGUAUUUGCUCUUUUGAUGAUGAAAAUAAAACUUUCAGAAAAUAUGGA